AUGGAUCCCCUGUCACCCACUCUUGCAGACAUUCUGCAGUGGAAAGAAGGUCUGCAGUGGGCAAAGGCCAUAUGGGAUGCUAGUAGUGUCAUGAAUAACUCUUAUGAAGCUUUCACCACUCACUUCAAGGAAGUUGGGCUCUUCCAUGAAGAGGAAAUUCACAUCCUGGUACAGGGAUGCCCCUGGCUCGCAUUACACUCUCCUGAAUUCAAAUGGGACUCAAGAUGUGUUCAGCAACCAGGCAGCCACCCACCAUGGGACUGUGCCAUCGACCUGCUGCCUGAAGCAAAACUCCCCAAGGGUCGAAUAUAUCCAUUGUCCAUCCUGGAGUACAAGGCUAUGGAGGAAUACAUCCAGGAGGCUCUCAAGCAGGAAUUCAUUCGACCAACAGGCUCACCGGGGACUUCCAAGCACUCAAAGAAGCCUUCAGCAUGGCUUCCAUCCUUCGCCACCCGAAUCCUGAUUGCUUUCCAAAACAUCAGCAGUGAUCCCUGCUACAACUAUAAGUCUCUGGAUCGUCCCUGGAGAGCCAACAAUGAAAGUGAAGAUCGCAUUUGUGAUUAUUCUUUCUCUUGGAACGGCUGGUACCGGCUUUUCUACCGUGGAAUGAACAUCCAGUUGCCAGAGACCUGUGUUAGUUCAUACAGAUGUAACACACAGAUAACCCUGUGGCUGAACGGUCCUCACCCUCGGAUUGAGGAUGGAGUGGUGAUCAGAGAGGUCUGUGGAGGGACCUACGGGACUCAAUGCUGUAGUUACAAAACAAGACCAAUCAGAGUUAAAGCAUGUCCAGGAAAUUACUAUGUCUAUGAACUUGUGAAGCCAGACGUGUGGUGUGCAGGAUAUUGUACAAAUAUUAGCACCAUUUCACAGCCGAUUUCCACUGUUAGUCCAUCUAUAACCAGUAGAACCAACAACCCUUUGAAUUAUGACCCAUGCAUUAACUACAACACACUCAAUGACAACUGGAGAAACAUACUUGAUUACGGGCAUAUGAAUGGACUCAAUGCUGAUUAUGAUGACACAGGUGUUAACUGGGAUGGCUGGUAUCGACUCUUUCUUAAUGGAUUGAGUGCUCAGAUGCCUGAAUGGUGUGUGUCUUACUUGGCAUGUGGAGGUUUUAGUUCUCUGUGGCUUGGUGGCUCUCAUCCUCGGCUGGAAGAUGGAGCUGUUACUCGUGACAUUUACGGCUCUCAUUAUGAGGAUUGCAGUUACUACCGAUCCGACCCAAUACAAGUCAAAGCUUGUCCGGGAAACUAUUAUGUCUACAAAUUUACCAGGCCAGCUCUUUCAAUCCCAUCUCCUACAUAUUGUUCAGUACGUUUCACCACCCCAAGAGUUGACCCUUGCUACAACUAUAACAGUCUGAAUGAGACUUGGAGAGCAACAGACAAUCCCUAUGAUAGUAACUAUAGAAGGUGUGAUAACUUCCAGGGCUGGUACAGGCUGUUCUACAACGGUCAGAGUGCCCAGAUGCCAGAAUCAUGUGUAAAUCAAUACAUGUGUGGCACUUACAUCCCAAUGUGGCUCAACGGCUCCCAUCCGCGGCUGGAAGAUGGGGUGGUCACCCGUCAGGUCUGUGGCUCCGGGUGGAGUGACUGCUGUUAUUACAGAUCUAUCCCUAUACAAGUCAAAGCAUGUCCAGGAAAUUAUUAUGUUUAUGAGUUUGUCAGCCCAAUAUUCUGUGGAGCUUACUGUGCAGAUAUCACAAGGCUUAGUGCAGCCUCUUCGACAACAGCAGCAACACCAAGAACACCAACAGCAUCCAUUACUCCAACAGUCACAACCACUGGUGUGAGGGAUCACUGUACUGAACUCAGUUGCUCUGAGGAUGAACACUGUGGGGAAAAAAAUGGUGUUUAUGGCUGUUUAUGUAACGCAAACCAUUCCAGGUGGAAUUCUGAAUCUUUCGAUUUCUCAGAAACCUGUGAAAGCAGCUCUGGCUCCAUGUCUGUGUCUCGCUGUCAGCUCUUUGAGGCUGGUUUUUCAGCUGAUAUCUUACAUCUCAAUGAUCCAAGCUGUAAAGGAACAGUGCGCAAUGGCAGAGUGGAAUUUAAUUUUGACAACAAUGAACACAUCUGUGGUACUAACCUUGUGGCCAAUGGCACCCACUUCAUCUAUGAUAACUUCAUUCUGGGAACACCGAGGACAGAAGGCCUCAUCAGCAGAGAGAAGGUUCUGAAGCUUUCUUUCAGCUGUGCUUACCCCCAAACAGAAACUCUUUCCAUGAAUAUGGAAAUCAACCCACUGGAGAGCAUUGUGCACAAGAGCCUUCCAGCGGGUGAAGGCAGAUAUCGUGUUCGGAUGAUUCCAUAUCAGGACGAUGAGUUUACCCAGCCCUUCACUGGUAGUGUGGAUGCAGAGCUCAACCAGGAGAUGCAUGUGGAAGUUCGCGUUGAGGGGGUUGACAGUCGACAAUUUGCCCUGGUGAUAGACACAUGUUGGGCUACACCUGUGAAUGACCCCGAUUACACUCUCCGCUGGGAUCUCAUCGUUCAAGAGUGUCCCAAUCCAAAUGAUGACACAGUGGAGCUGCUGCAGAACGGCGUCUCGACAUCCAGCCGUUUCUCCUUCAGGAUGUAUAUCUUCACUGCAAACUCCACUAAACUUUACCUGCACUGUGCUGUUCACCUUUGCCUUCUGUCAAGCAAUCACUGUUCAGUGAACUGUAACUCUGGGCAGCACUGGAGAAAGCGCAGGUCUCUGGACUUCCACGACAGUUCUUCAAUAUCCAUGGGUCCUCUAAUGUUGUCAGAAGGAAACACAGAUAAGUGGGUCAAAGACCCAGUGAAGGUAUCCAAGGCUUCUUCUCUGUGUGCUUCUCUGAUGGUGUUGUUUGUCUUUAUGAUGAGUGUCUUGAUCCUCUUUUAAAAUAUUUCUGCGAGAAAAUUGGAAGCAUUUAACAUACAUAUAAUCUAAUGUCAUUAUAAUUAAGGUUGCACUGAUGUCACGCUGGUUGUGGGUUUCUAAAGGUUUCUUUACUUCAUGGCAGUUAUAACUGUGGCAUAAUAAGCAAAUUGUUGUUUUAAUCAGUUUUAUUAAAUAUGCAUACUACUAUAUUAAUCUUACGGUAUUUUACUUGGGAUUACGUGGAACAAUG